AUCCCUGUCGCCGUCCGCUGCGACGAAUGGAUUUGGUUCCAGGAGGAAGCGUGCUUGGGAGGAGGCGGCUCUCUCCUCUGAUCGCCUCCUUAGCCUCUCCCAGACCCAGUGUUUGCCCGCGGUGUGCGUUCCCCUUCACGAAAUGCCCCUAUCCCUCCCCGUAUUCUGCAAAUAUUUCUCUCACUAGCCACGCCAAGAAGAGGGACACCUACGCGCAACCAGUUCCUAAACAAACUACAACUAGAGCUGAAGAAGAAGAAAGAGUGGAAGAAGAAUUUAUGGAAGAUUUUGAAGAUGAGAUCAUGAUGGAUGAUACCGAGGACUUUGAAGAUGAUUUUGAGGUGGAGUAUGUAGAUCUCAAUGUAGGAGAUGGAGCUGAAGGAGGUGGUAUCUCUCUUGCUGGUACAUGGUGGGACAAAGAGGCAUUGCUUAUUGCAGAAGAGGUCUCAAUGUUAUUUGACGGUGACUUGAAAAUAUAUGCUUUUAAAACAUCUACAAAUUUGACCAUCCGUUUGCGCAUCGAAAAGCUUUCCAGUAAAUAUGGUUCUCCAUGUAUGAGUGACAUUGAGGCCUUUUCUACUGCUUAUCAAUCACACUUGGAUGAAGCUGAGCUUGCUGGAAAAAUACCAAAGAACAUAUCCCUGGAGGUGUCUUCUCCUGGUGUAGAGAGGGUUGUCCGUGUCCCGGAGGAGCUCGAACGAUUCAAAGACUUGCCGAUGUAUGUGAAGUAUUCCAGCAUUAAUGCGGAGACAGCCUUAACUCAAGAAAAUGAUGGCGUCUUUAAACUUAUUUCCUUUGACUUGGACUUAUGCCAGUGUACUUGGGGUUUAGCUGAUGUGAGGAUAAAUAGACAACAGGCAGGAAAGGGAAGGCCAUUAAGCAGAAAACAAAGAGAAUGGCAGUUGCAGACGCCAUUUGAGUCCUUGAGUCUAGUUCGAUUGUAUUCAGAUUGUUGAGAUACGGUGCAAACUCAUGUUCUUUGUUAUCACUGUGUUUUGAUAAUGAUAUCUUGGCUCUUGCUUUAUACAGGUGCCUGAGAGUGAAAGUU